AUGCCAUUAAAAAGGUCCGUAUCACUUACUUUCGCUAGCCCUCCCCCAGCCCUAGUCCUGCCCCUCCCUGCCCGGCCCUGCCUGUCCCGCGCACCUGCGCACACCCGGAAGCGGCUCCUCACGCCGCGUCUCUUCCCCUGCUCUCUCCUAGGAGGCGAGGACACGACCACGCUCUCCGGUACCCUACCGCCCGACGCCUUCUUCUCCGGGCACGCCCACUCGACGCUGCGCACCGCCGCGCACGCAUCGCACGAGCGCACCCUGUCCUCUGCCUCCGGCUACGCGCACCACCAUGUGGCCGGCACUGCCAAGAGCACCACCUCGCCCACGAAGCAGCGCUACGUCGCGGACGCGCACGGCCUCGAGAUUGUCAAGAAGAUCCGGCAGGGCGAGGUCGAGCUGCGCGAUCGCACCAUCGUCCUGUGCGACAUCAAAGUCAACGUCCGUCCAGCUCGCUUUGCGAAGCUGAGGGCCAUCACGGACGCGAAGAAGCCAGGUAAAGCCCCGACCGCGAUCCCCGCUGUCUCAGGUUUAAAACGCCUCCGCGGCCGACAUCGUGGCGGCGCAGGGGAAAGAGGCGGCGGUGAGCGGGGGCGUAGGCGUGGACGAGGACAGAGACGGGGUCGGGAAGGGAAAGGUUAG